UCGUAUCCUGUCAUCAUACAAACAGUGAAAAAGUGCAAGUUUUCGUGAGAAAAUUUUCACGUCGCCCAACAAUUUUCAAUUAGAUUUAAUUGAAGUUAAUGUAUAAGUUAUUUAAAUUUUCUAGAAAGAACAUAAUCACUUUAAUUAGUAGCAUUUACUUUUGGAUUUAGCAAUGUCGUACAACAUAGACGAAUUGAGCUGGUCAGAUGUUCGUAACAUUUUUCGGAAGUGGCGUGAUGAUAACGAACGGAAGAGCGAAGAUGUGAUCCAGCUAUGGGACCUAAUUUUGUGUGAAAAACAGAACAAACUAGGCAAUGAGCGGCACCUGGUUCUGGAACAGGUGAUGAUUGCUGCCCUAGACUGCAAUCGGAUCGAAACCGCGGAAGAUUGCAUUCGAAUAUUGACGGCAGAAUUUCCGGGCAGCUUGCGGAUUCAAAAAUACAAGGCCAUGUUACUGGAGGCAUUAGAGCGCUACGAUGAUGCACUGGACGUGCUGGAACAGAUCAUCAAGAAAGACGAAACAAACGCCGCACCCCGGAAGCGAAAAGUUGCCAUUUUUAAAGCACAGGGAAGAACCACAGACGCGAUCCGCGAACUGUGCGACUACAUGAAGAGGUUCAUGUCCGACCAGGAAGGGUGGCACGAGUUGUGCGGCCUGUAUUUGGCCGAGGGCGAAUACGCGAAAGCAGCCUUCUGCAUGGAGGAAGUGAUGCUGCAUAAUCCGCACAGUCACUUAAUUCAUCAGCGGUUAGCAGAUAUUCGCUAUACGAUGGGUGGCCUUGAUAAUAUCGAAAUAGCAAAGUCUUAUUACUGUCAGGCUGUUAAGCUAAACAGUAAUAAUUUGCGAGCACUUUACGGAUUAUUUUUGUGCUGUGGACACAUUGCUAAUUCAAAAGCCCCUCUAAAUAAACGUAAAGAGGCACAGAAGUUGGCACAAUGGACGAUCACUCAGAUUCAAGCCAAAACAGCAGCCUCGACCACUGCCCUGUCCAAGGGUGGCAAAGUGUUGGACAAGCAACCAAAAGAAGAGGUGGCCGCUCUCGAACAAGCCUUCGGUGGAUUGGACAUUGCCAAAGCAAAUUGACCAACUGACGGCUCUGUCAUCAAUAUCGACUAUUAUCGUCGUCUACACUGUCUGUUUAAAUCUAGUUCACAAUUUAUAAUUGAAAAAAAUCUGAUUCAGUUUUUUAACCUCUUUAUUAUGCAAUAAGAAUCUAUCGCAACCGUGGGGAACAUCCGUUUGUUGGCAGAAAAAAAAAGAAUUAUUUAUGAACGGGACGUUGGAUUUUCAGUUUCGCACUGACCCCCCACACAAUGGGCUUUGUAUAAAAGUGUUGCAUUUCUAUUACUGUAGUGCAAGAUUAAUUUAUAACACAGUUCGAUUUUUGCGUUGUGCUUAGAUUAGGUGUAACGCGUUGGAAAUUAUCAUCGAGAACAGUCGCCGAUGAUUUUGAAAGCUAGCUUAAGCAUAAAACCAGUUCGAUGUGUUGAAUAUGCGUACCCGAUGAGUGUAAUAAUUUGAGGAUCAAUAAUAAAUAAUUUUUAAAGAACGUAAACUACUUUUAUGUGUUAAGUUAGCAGGCAGCAGAUAGUUAUAUUAAAGGUGAGUAGGAUCAAAGAUUAAUAAAUAUGUAUUGUCAACCCGA